AAGAAUAAAAUUACCAUUUCGGGCGGCAGCUGAAUCCGUGUCUAAUAACAUUGAUUUUCCUGGAAGAAUAUUAAGGAGGCUCUCAGGAAAAUAUAUAAAUUUGUAUGAAUCUCGAGGAGCGAUAGAGGAAGAGACGGCGGAUUUUUUCUACCUAUGCGCCAAAUUUGAACGGAAUUUUGAAUGUUCGAGGCUUGGAAAACCUAACUCAUGCUAUUGUUCCCUUUGCGUUACUGAGAAACUCGCUGGCCUUGGGGGUGAUCCUUCUUUCUGCAACUUUUGAUGGGUGCUCCGAAGCAGAAAUGGACUAACGAAGAAGAAGCAGCCCUGAAGGCUGGAGUUGUUAAGCAUGGAGCAGGAAAGUGGCGAACGAUACUUAAGGAUCCUGAAUUCAGCAGUGUACUGUAUCUUCGUUCAAAUGUUGAUCUCAAGGACAAGUGGAGGAAUAUGAGCGUGAUGGCUAAUGGUUGGGGAUCCCGAGAGAAGGCCAGGUUGGCUCUUAAGAGAUUACAUGCUCCUAAAAAAGAUGGGAACAUUUUGGCUCGAAGUGUUGCUGUCCAAAGUGAAGACGAAUUGCCAGAAGCUAAAUCUGUUUCUCUUUCCUCGGAUAUCAAGCUGAUAGCUGGUCCAAAGCGAUCUAAUGUAAGAAAAGAAGAAGAGGAGGAAGAAGAAGAAGAUGAUGAUGAAGAAGAAGAAACGGAAGCAGAAAGAACAGAAAGAGAUGCAAGAUAUGAUUGUCAUAGGUGGGAAAAAAGGUUAGACAAUCUCAUAAUUGAGGCAAUUACUACCUUGAGGGAACCUGGUGGCUCUAAUAAGACAAAGAUUACCUCAUAUAUAGAGGAUCAAUACUGGGCACCACCAGACUUCAAGAGGUUGUUAUCAUCAAAAUUGAAGUUCUUAACAGCUAGUGGUAAACUGGUCAAGGUUAAACGAAAAUAUAGGCUUCCUCCAGUGAUGCCUUCGUCAGAGAGAAGGAGCUCUAUGUUAUUCUUGGACGACCAUCAAAGAGCUUCUUUAAGAACUGACAAGGACGAAAUGUGUAUUCUUGCUAAAGCUCAAAUCGAUCUUGAAUUGGCCAAGAUGAGAACCAUGACUUCCCAAGAGGCAGCGGCAGCUGCUGCUCAUGCAGUUGCAGAAGCAGAAGCAGCUAUAGCAGAAGCUGAAGAGGCAGCAAGGGAAGCGGAGGCGGCUGAGGCUGAUGCAGAAGCAGCACAAUCAUUUGCUGAAGCCGCAAUGAAGACACUGAAAGGAAGAAAUCUUCCAAAGAUGCAGAUGAUUCGGGUUUGAUGGAAAGCAAAAACUGACUUGGAGAAUUUGUGGAGCUGUACUUAAAGGGAUUGACAUGUUUCACGCUCGCUAUCGAUUAAGCAUUAUAGCAACCUUUCCCCCACCAUUUUCAAUCGGGUUUUGGGCAAUUCGAGCAACAGGGUCAUGUCUGACUAGAAAACUGGAUAUCAAAACAAGGAGGAACAUUCUGUGGGUUUAGAUAGUUGCAUGUAAAAAUGUGUAUUGCUUUUAGUGUAGGAUACCUGUGGUCUUUUAUCUAUGCUCUCUGAUGUUAAUGAAUUACUGCCAUUGUUCAUUUCAAUUGGUCUGAUACUUCUGGAGUUGUAUUAAUGUAAACAAUGAAAAAGGAUAGGAAAAUAAAUGGGAUUUAAACAAAAAAA